CCCCCACGAAGGUCACGGCUCGCUUCCGCCGGAUAUCGACGCCUGCUGGGAGUUGUAGUUUUGCAGCAGUCCAGCCCUCAGGCGACUUCAAAAAUCUUCACUGUUUUGAAAAAUGGUCUGGGAACAAACAGUCAGAUAUACCGUAAUUCCGAAGCGACGGCAGAAAAUGUUGGCGAUACCCAACAAGUCUGGGGCAGCGUCGAUGGAAAGAGACUACUCCACUAACAGCUCACUGGCAGACUCAAGGCCGAGGGUAACUGCGAGAGGAAAGGAAUAGGGUCUUAAAGUAAACACGUUUGUAAACAUGUUUUGCAUGUAAGCUAUUAAAAUCCUAAAGGAAAGCCACCAAAUUUAGACGCAGCCUACCAUUUCUCAUCUAAACAUGUGUAAUCCUGAAUAUACAUGUUCAACCUCUACUUAAGUUGACCUCAUCUAUGCCUGUGUUGGUGAGUCACACGUUUUAACAAUACAUUAAGUAGUUGCUUAUGAAUUCUGCAUUGGGUAUCUAGGUAACCACGUAGUGUUGAUGUCCUUAACUUGUGUUCUCCCUAAAAGUGGAAACACUUCCUUUGCAUCAACUAUUUUAAAAACACUUUCUGAUCUUAAAAGAACUACUCAUUUGCUCAUCCCUCAGCAGGUUUAUCCUAAAAAUGAAGAAUGAGAGCCUUGUACUAUAUAUAUAAAUAUAUAUAUAUUUUAAUGUUUUUUUUAAGAUUCUCCAUGGGUAGCUGUUUGCAAUUGCUUUGAUUGACCUGCAUAGAGCACUUUUAUGAAGAAUAAUAAAUUUCAGCCAUUGAUGCAAUAUAAAAAUGCUAGAUUCCUUCCCACUCUAAAAAUUCCAGAUUUUGGCUAAUUCUGAUUUCAAAGCGCUGCAUUGCAUUCUCAUUUCAAUCUUUUUUUAUUAAUUUUCCAACAGAGAGAAAAAAAUACAAAUCAGAGGAGAAGUUUUAGCAAACACACAAUACAAAAGACGUAGAAACAACAAAAAAAUACUGUCAAGGUCAAUUGAAUAUAACGUUAAGCUAUUAUAUAUAGUAUAUAAACAAAAAACCACAACUCUUGACAAAUCAUAAAGAAAAAAAAAGAUUGGAAAUGUUAUUAAUAAGGAGAAAAAAAACCCAGCUAAACUAACCUAAAACAAAAAGAAAGAAAGAUUAGGCAGUCCAUUUGAGGAUAAAAUUAGAAAAAAAGAAGAAAGGAAACAUCCUUCCAGUCAUCUCCGAACCUUCGCGGAUGAGGAAAAUUUUUCCUUAAAAUUUUUUUUUUAAUUAAAUCAUAUGAAUAUAUUGAAUAAAGGGUCACCAGACUUGCUCCAAAUUAAAAGAUGUGUUGAACGUCUGGCUUCUAAUUUUCUCCAAACUUAAACAGGACAUAAUGGAGGAGAGCCAGUUAAAAACAGUAGGUGGAUUAGAAUCUUUCCAGUAUAACAAGAUAGCUCUCCUAGCCAGCAAAGUUGAAAAGGCUCUCACAUGUUGAGCGGAAGCAGGGACUCUGCCUGUUUCCUCUGGAAUAAUACCAAAGAUUGCCAUAAGCAUUCUCAAGUGAAGUUUACUGUCAUGUGCACGAGUAUGUUGAGGUACUGUUAAAAUGCAGCAUCUUCACAGGCACAGUCAACAGGCAGAAUAUAAAUGGGAUGUAGAAGUAUACCAUACAGUAGGGAAAAAUGCUAAAUUGAGAACUUUAUGGAAAAAAAGAUAUAAUCAAAGGAAAGCCCAUAGUAGUACAAGAAGUAGUCCAGUAGGUGUAGGAGUAGGUAGUGUGAUGAUACAAAGAUAGGUGGAGGAAUGGAUAGUGUGUUGAUACAAAGAUAGGUGGAGGAGUGGGUAGUGUUGAGGAAACAGAGAGCCUGCAGAGAGACUUAGAUAGUUUCGGGGAAUGGGCAAAGAAGGGGCAAAUGAAAUACAAUGUUGAAAAGUGUAUGGUCAUGUACUUUGCUGGAAGAAAUAAACGGGCAGACUAUCAUUUAGAUGGGGAGAGAAUUCAAAAUGCAGAGUUGCAAAGGGACUUGGGAGUCCUAGUGCAGGAUACCCUAAAGGUUAACCUCCAGGUUGAGUUGGUGGUGAAGAAGGCGAAUGCAAUGUUGGCAUUCAUUUCUAGGGGUAUAGAAUAUCAGAGCAGGGAUGAGAUAUUGAGGCUGUAUAAGGCACUCAUGAGACCACAGUUGUAGCAUUGUGUACAGAUUUUUGGGGGGAAGGUCUGGCAGCUCUUGGGCUGUAUUCCCAGGAGUUCAGAAGAAUGGGGGGGCGGGGGAUCUCAUUGAAACAUUCCAGAUAUUAAAAGGCCUGAACAGACUAGAUAUGGCAAAGUUAUUUCCCAUGAUAGGGGAGUCGAAGACAAGAGGGCACAAGUUCAGGAUUGAAGGACAUCCAUUUAGAACAGAGAUGUGAAGAAAUUACUUUAGUUAGAGGAUGGUAAAUCUCUGGAAUUUGUUGCCAUGAGUGGUGGAGGCCAAGCCAUUGGGUGCAUUUAAGGCAGAGAUAGAUGGGUUCUUGAUUAGACAGGGCAUCAAAGAGUAUGGGGAGAAGGCAGGGGAGUGGGGAUGAUGAGAAAAAUUGGAACAGCCAAUGAUUGAAUGGUGGAGCAGACCCAAUGGGCCGAAUAGCCUACUUCUACUCCUGUAUAUUAUGGUCUUAUAAUAUUUCAUUACUGAAUUGGGAUUAGAUUGUGCGGAGCGAUUCAAGAACCUGAUGUUUGUCAGAAAGUAGCUGGUGUGAACUUCAGACUCCUGUAUCCUGCCUUAUGUAAGCAGCAAGAGGAGGGCAUGACCCAGUUGGUUGGAAUCCUUGAUGUUGCCUUUGUGAGGGCUUCCUGUAGAUGCUGUCAAUGGUGCUAAGUACUGUGCCCUUAAUGAACUGGGAUGUAUCCACAACCCUCUGCAGCCUCUUGCAUUCUGCAUUGGAAUUGCCUUCCUAGAGCAUGAUGCAACCAGUGACGAUACUUGCAACAGUGCAUCUGCAGAAGUUUGAGUAAUUGGUGACAUUGUCAGAUCUCCUUGAGCUUCUAAGAAAAUAGAGGUACUGGCACCAAUAGAUAUGCUCAAAAUUAUUUUCCAUCAGUACUAUGAUAAUGUAUUAGAUAAUGCAAACUCAUUUUCUGAAGUUGUUAUGGUCAUGCUGUGAAUUCUGAAAUUGACAAUUUGGAAUUAUCAUGAAAAAUGUGUUAAAUGCACAUGUGUUGUCAGUUGACAUAAGGUUGUCUGGUUUAAGAUGGCACUGGUGAACCUCAGUGAACUCUAGCUGGUAGCUGAUGAAACAAGGAAACAAUUAAAUACUUCAUUAAUCACUCUUUUUCUGAUAAAGUAUCAUCACAAAUGAUAGCCUGUAACUUCCCUUCAGACUUGGAGGGAAUUCAAUGUGGCAGAACCAAGGCGAGGCAAGGCAGCAGGUCUGUCAAGAGUGAGGAAGACCCGAGGUUCAAUCAUUCUCAACGCCAAGCCAAAUUGGAAAGAUCACGUACAGCCAAAUCCAGGCAGUAGGGUCCAGACUUCAGAGCAUAUUGAAGCAACUGAACUGAACCUGCUGUAUGACAAUUAAGCGCUGGGCUAGAUUGAAAAGGUCAAGGUGUCGACGCCUGAGGUGAGGGACAAACUAAGGGUCUGUGGGCGGACUCAUUGUCAUCAGUUCAGAACACUAUUUGCUUGCGUUUAUUGUUUACAUAAUUUGUUUUUUUUAAUGGGUUUUUAGGGUUUCUUUUCUCAUGGCUGCGUGUUAGAAGACGAAUUUCAAGGUUGUACAAUAUAUAUCAUUGAUCAUUACUUUCUCCUCCAUGGUACUUUUUAUAAAUCUUCAGAGACAGUGCUGACCAUUGACUGCACCUAAGCCACCUCACUACCAAAGGAUUUUAUUCCAUUCCAAACAGUUUUCUCACUGGCAGUAAGAUAUUACAUGUAAUCAUUGGGACAUUACUUCACAGAGAUGACCGGUGAAGCAAAACAAGUUAUACUAAUUCUAUACAGAAAUCCUUUUUUCUAUGAGUUAUUUAUUCAGGUGACCACUGGAUCCUCAGUCUUGCUUUAUUGUUCAGUUAUAUGAUGGAAUGUCUACAUUUGCCUGUUUGCCAGUUGUCACACAGGAUAAUGACAGAUGGCAUUUCAUUGGCUCUUCACUCAGCUCUGGAAGAUCUGGUCAAUGAAGCACACAUUGGGAUAGUCAUUGUUGAUGAUAGCUGUACGUUCAACGCUAUCAUCUCCUCAAAACUAAUCACUAAGCUUCAAGACCUAAGCCUCACUACCUCCCUGUGCAACUGGAGUCUUGAUUUUUUUUUCAUUUGCAGACCUAGUCAGUGUAGAUUGGCAACAACAUCUCCUCCACAAUCACCAUCAGCCCCGGUGCACCACAAAGCUGUGUGCUUAGCCCUAUGAUCUUCUCAUAUUAUAACUAUGACUGUGCAGCUGUGUACAGCUACGAUGUCAUAUUUAAGUUUGCUGAUGACACCACUGUUGUUGGCCAUAUCAAAAGUGAUGAUGAAUUGGCAUCUAGUUGAAUCAUACCAGAAAACAAACCCUCAUUCAACAUUAGGAAAACCAGAGCUAAUUAUUGACUACAGAAGGAAGAAAUUGAAGGUCCAUGAACCAGUCCUCAUCAGGAAAUCAAAGGUGGAGAAGAUCAAUAACUUUAAAUUCUCUGGUAUUAUCAUAUCAGAGGAUCUGUUCUGGGACCAGCAAAUAAGUGCCAUCACAAAGAAAGCACAACAGUGCUUCUACUUAGAAGUUUGUGCAGAUUCAGGGUGUCAUCUAAAAUUUUGACAGACUUCUACUGAUGCACAGUGGAGAAUAUGAGGCUACAUCAUGGCCUGGUAUGGAAGCACCAAUGCCCAAGAACAGGAGUGUACAAAAAGAGCUGUAUUCUAUCACAGGCAAAGCACUCCUCACCACUGAGUACAUCUACAGGCAGUGCAAUGCUAUUAGAGAUCGGGACAUUCGGGAGUUCAGUUCCAGUGUUGUCGGUAUGGAGUUCCUAUGUUCUCCCUGUGAACUAUAUCAGAUUCCUCUGGCUGCUCUGGUUUCCUCCCAUAAUCCAAAGAUAUAUCAGGUUAGUAGGUUAAUUGGCCAUUGUAAAUUGUACUGUGAUUAGGCUAGUUUUACAUGGGUGGGUUGCUGAGCAGUGUGGCUCAUUGGGUCAGGAGGGCCUAUUCUGUGCUGUGUCUCCAAACAAAUAAAAAGGAGCCUCCAUCAUCAAGAACCCUGCUGCACCAUCCGGGCCAUGCUGUCUUCUCACUGUUGCAUUGGGAAGAAGGUGCAGGAGCCUUAGGUCCCACACCACCAUGUUCAGGAACAGUUACUACCCUUCAACCAACAGGUUCCUGAACCAGAGUGAAUAACUUCACUCACUGCAACACUGAACUAAUUCCACAACCUUGCAAUGACUCUUACAACUCAUGAUCUCAAUAUUAUUUGUGAAGAGAAUUCCAGAGUUUCUUGUAAAAAUCAAGUUCAUUGUCAUAUGCACAAAUAUGUGGAUACACAGGUGCAACAAUAAACUUACUCAUACCAGAAUCACAAGUGCAUAUAAGAACAUAUUGUUAUGAAUGUACCACAGCUCUGAGGGGCCAAAGGGUGCGGGGUAGCCCCCUCCUUUGUGAGAAUCGCAAGAUCACUAUUGAUUUGGGUCAGGAGACCCAGGAGAUGAGAGAGAGACGUGCGGAAUGUCUUGUUCCCCCCCCCCCCCCCCCGGCGAUAUAAAGCUACGGGAAACGGCCAUUGUCUCUUGGAGACGAACUUGUGUAUUACAGUACUGUGUUACGUGGAAGCCCUCAGGCAAAGUGGGCUGGUUGAGGGAGGGAUUGCAUCACCCCUAACCUGAUUGACAUCUGAGACCCUGUGAGUCAGGAUAAAAGAGGGUCUGUGGGAACAGACCCUCAGACGCACCAGAAGAAACGCUAGCGAUCCUGUAAUAGCGGAAGCCGGUGGGAGGAGGCCACGUGCGUUCGGUUCCAUUUGCCCGGAACCGGUGGCUUUUACCAAGGGAGACUGGCUUUUAGCUAACAACGGGGAAACCAACUCCCAAUGACUCGAAGGAUUGGCAUCAUAAGAGAACUGGGCAAGUUUAACCCGUCUCUCUCUCUCAAACCCAAAACGCUGCAGCUUGAACGAAUAUCAGUGACUUAUAUAUUUCCAUCGGACAAUAUAUUAUCCCCUAGACAACGAUAGAGCUAUUUCUUAUUGAUUAUUAUUAUACCCAUGCUUUUAGAUUUAGUAUUGACGACGUAUAUUACCUGUAUGUUUGCAUUGAUCUUGUUUUUGUGCCCCUUUAUCAAUAAAUACUGUUAAAAAUAGUACUAUCAGACUUCAAUGGACCUCUCUCUCUUUGCUGGUAAGUGACCCAAUUACGGGGUUCGUAACAACUUGGAAUUCUCAUCUCGGGAUUUGAUACCAAAUUGGAGGGCCAGUGAAUUGGGCUUGUAAGACCAAACUUGGAUCUGGUUACGCGGGUAGCCAGACGGGAAACCAACAAAGAUGGACGUGGGUGAAUUUAUAGAAAACCCGACUCUGGAGGCGCUAGAGGCGGCCACCAAAUCAGACUUGAUAAAUUUGGUGAAGGGGUUAAACCUCACAAAGGUGAGGUUGUCAAUGAAAAAGCGGGAGGUGCGAAGGUCAAUAACUCAGUAUUAUAUUGGGAAGAAUGUGUUUGCAGCUGAGGUAUUGGAAAAUAUUCCUGAAAAGGUACCAGCUAGUGGGACGGCUCAGUUAGAGUUGGAGAAAUUAAGGUUGGAACAUGCAAUUAAGGUAAAGCAGCAGGAAAGAGCUGAGAGGGAGCAUGCGCUCCAGCUAAAAGAGUUAGAGAUGAAACGGGAGCAGGAAAGAACUGAGAAACAAAGAGAGCAUGAAAUUCAGUUAAAAUAGCUGGAAGCAGCUGAGAAAGAGAAAGAGAGAGCCGAGAAGGAGAGAGAGUAUGGGGAGGCAGAGAAACAAAGGAAACAUGACUUGGAGAUGGAGAAGUUAAGGCAAGGGCGAAGAGAUCAAGGGUCAGACCGAGAGGAGCGGUUUAAUGUUAGUCGAGAGUUGAGGUUAGUACCUCCGUUCGAGGAGACGGAUGUUGAUAGUUAUUUCUUGCUUUUUGAAAAGGUGGCAGUGAAUCAGAAGUGGCCCAGAGAUCAGUGGGUGGUGCUGUUACAAAGUGUGUUAAAAGAGAAAGCACAGCAGGCAUAUACGGCGUUGGCCAUGGAGGAGGAAGAGGAGGAGAGUUAUGACAAAGUAAGGGCGGCCAUUCUCUGGAGUUAUGAGCUAGUACCUGAUGCGUACAGACAUAAGUUCAGAACUUUAAAGAAAGGGUGGAAUCAGGCGUAUACCGAGUUUGCCUAUGAGAAGGGUGUGCUCUUGGACCGUUGGUGCACAGCAGAGAUAGUGGAGGAGGAUUAUUGGCGUCUCAGGGAGUUAAUUCUGAUUGAGGAAUUUAAAGGUUGUGUUUCGGAGGAUAUCCGGAUGUAUUUGAAUGAGAAGCCGAAUAAGUCCAUCUCAGAAUUUGCUAGGUUCGCAGAUGAAUAUGCCCUAACCCACAAGACAAAGUUUUCCUCGAAUAAAAGUUCCCAGAGAGACCAUGGGAACGAUCGAGAAAGCCCGCUGGCUGAGGCAGAGGUCCCACCAGGAGCUAGUGGUAAGGUUGAGGGGGAUAGGCCAGAUGGCCAGAGAUUUCCGGGCUUGACUUGUUUUAAUUGUGGAAAGGGGGGGCAUAUUACAUCUAGGUGCUUUGCUCCAAGGAAAGAGACAGGAAAAGGGAAAGCAGAAGUCCCUAUCAGAUGUGCCGUGGUAAUCAGUAAAUCAACAAGAGAGCCCCGGGUAGACAGAGUACAAGAAGGGUCUGAGACUUGUCUGUCAAACGGAACCGUGUCUGUGAGGGAGGGAGACACACCAGUUCCAGUACAGAUCUGGAGAGAUACGGGGGCUAAGCUAUCGUAUAUCAGCAGUAAGGUACUAGAUUUUGGUUGCAAGACGGGAAUGGUAGCUGUGAAAAGAAUAAGCAAAGGGACAGAAAUGGUGCCCUUACAUAAGGUCAUUAUGGAUUGUGAACUGGUGUUUGGACCAGUUGAAAUAGGAGUGCGAUCAGAAUUCCCAAGAACUGACGCGGACAUCCUUCUCGGUAACAAUUUAGCAGGUGGUAAGGUUUGGGCAGCAAUGACGAUGACAAGCCGGCUGGUGAGUGUUGUGGCCCCGCCCCUAGAUUCCAAGAUCUAUCCUGCAUGCGCGGUCACUCGCAGCAUGUCGAGAGAGGCAGCUGAGAAAGGGAGCAGUUUAAAUCCGGCCAGUUCCAAUUUUGCUGAGACGUUUUUACCGACCCUGUACCACGAGGGUUUAGAGGGUGGUAAAACGAAUAGUAAAGUGAAAGAGGGUAAGGGAGAGGAGGUAGACCCGCCCUUAGCAAGGAGAAAAGUUCUAGAGGCAGAAGAUAAAGAUGAGAAACAGCUAGAGCUGUUAAAAGGUCCAGGGUUGGACCUGGAUGAUCAGUCUGGGUUGGCAGAACUGUUUGAAGAAGUUGAAAAUGCUAGAGGUGUUCCUGAUGAUGAAAUGAGGGCAGUCCUAGAUGAAAAGGGUGUCCUUACCUUGAAGAGGUCUGCUGGGUUGGCAGAUGAGGUGGUUUCAGCCCGCGGGGUUGAGUUUACUGCGGAAGGGAGUUGCCCAGAGAGUAGCUGGGAGAAUCAGGGGAAAUUACAAUUUGGACCGGGUACGGGUAUUGAAAGCCUGAAAGAGGCAAAUGUCCCAUUUGAGUGUGUCCAAGAUGUGGAUGCACAUGGUACUGAACCUAGUACUGGAGCUCAGAAAAAGUCUGAGGUAUUUGAUUCCGUUGAAAGGGAAGGCCGUCCUUGUGGGUCAGAUAGACGUGGUUCAGUGAAGCAAGGGUUAACUUUGGUAAAAGUGGGAAGUGAGAGUUCCCAGGUGUUUGUGCUCGACGGUGUGUUAAAAGUUCAGGCGGAGACCAAAAGUGGGGAGAUAAAUAUUAUUAUUGAAGGAAACGGGAAAUAUGUAGUUCCCAAAUCGAAUGAAGAAAAUUUUAAGCCUGCGGAUCGCUUACAGAUUGAGUUGGAAGAUGACGGGGCCCCCCAUGCUAUUGUUAUUCCAGAGUGUGGUGUGAAAAGGCAGAAUUUGAAAUGCUGCUUGAACAAAGAGUUCGAACUGAAAACCAAUAGCCUGAAGGGUCCUGACGAGAGGGCUAGCCACCUGUGUAAAAUUAAAGAAUUGGGUGGAAAUUCAGAAGAUGGUCUAAGUUUGGGACACGGUGUUGAUAAAAUAACUCCUAUGAAAGAAGUGGGUGAGAGCCUAUUUCGCCAGGGUACCCAAGCUCCCCACGUGGGAACUAACCGGAAAAGCGGCGACGGUUAAUGGGGACGCCAUUUUUAAAUAGCAAAAGCCGGUUUUACGGGAUUUUGACAAAGCAUGUGAAUAAUAAAGACAACCCCAUGGAAGCCUGCCUGUUAAGUUUGAAAGCAACAUAAAGAUUAGUAUUUGCAUGAACUUUUGUAGAUACGCGUAAGCCAAGAUCACAACUCCUUGGUUUUUGUUUGCUGAAGGAAAGAAAUAAAAAUAGGUGGUUAUUAAAUUGAAGUCUGAUGCUACAAGACGUUAGUAAGGUACAAGAUGCUAAGAUAUUAAAGGAAGUGACACUGUAAUCGUUAACUGUUUAGAUGCUGAAUUGAAUGUAUAACCGUAUUUCUCUGUAGUGAAAAGGAAAAGCUUUUGUAUUGUGUUAGAUUCUAAAAUCCUGUAAGACUCUGUGCUACUUUGUUUUCACCGCUGGUGAAAACGCUUUGAAGAAAGGGGGUAUUAUGAAUGUACCACAGCUCUGAGGUUCCGAAGGGUGCGGGGUAGCCCCCUCCUUUGUGAGAAUCGCAAGAUCACUAUUGAUUUGGGUCAGGAGACCCAGGAAAUGAGAGAGAGAGACGUGAGGAAUGUCUUGUUCCCCCCCAGCGAUAUAAAGCUACGGGAAACAGCCAUUGUCUCUUGGAGACGAACUUGUGUAUUACAGUACUGUGUUACGUGGAAGCCCUCAGGCAAAGUGGGCUGGUUGAGGGAGGGAUUGCAUCACCCCCAACCUGAUUGACAUCUGAGACCCUGUGAGUCAGGAUAAAAGAGGGUCUGUGGGAACAGCCCCUCAGACGCACCAGAAGAAACGCUAGCGAUCCCGUAAUAGCGGAAGCCGGUGAGAGGAGGCCACGUGCAUUCGGUUCCAUUUGCCCCGGAACCGGUGGCUUUUACCACUGGAGACUGGCUUUUAGCUGACAACGGGGAAACCAACUCCCAACGACUCGAAGGACUGGCAUCAUAAAAGACCUGGGCAAGUUUAACCCGUCUUUCUCUCAAACCCAAAACGCUGCAGCUUGAAUGAACUAUCAGUGACUUUUAUAUUUCCGUCGGACAGUAUAUUAUCCCCUAGACAACGAUAGAGCUAUUUCUUAUUGAUUAUUAUUA